AUGGGAACAAAGACCGGGACUGGCCAGCGGAUUGAAGCACCAUCCGGCAGGGAUGCUGCAGAAAGCCUAUGCAAGGACAGCCGAGCUUCUGCAGCCACCUGGGAGUUCUGGGAAAAAAAGCCGCUGCACUACCGGGCUGCCGAGCGCGGGCGUAGUGCCAACCGGCUUCCGGAAGCACUUUUGGCAGACGAAGUGGCAUCCGCUGUGAGUAGCGCGGCAGGCAGCAACCUCAAAAUGUUCAAGAACAACGAGACCAGCGAAUUGCCAACUCCGUGGCACUCCUACUUGGCGGGAUACUCCAUGGUGAUCAACCAGGCGGAUCGUCAUAGCAGAGUUCUCUACGAGCUGUGCAAAGGCUUAUCUGCGAAACACUUCCACCACGUCUUUGCUGUCGUGUAUCUGACGCCGCCCGAUUCCCAGGCUGUCCGUGUCCACACGGACGAUCAGGACGUGAUCCUUCUCCAAGUCUGGGGCAGCAAGCGGUGGACGCUCUACAACGCUCCAACGAAGCUGCCUUACACAGAGGAAAUGCUUGGCAAAGAACAAGCAGUCCCAACUGAGUUGAUUGGGCCGGCACAGAUGGACUUUACAAUUCAGCCGCAUGAUGUCCUCUACAUUCCUAGAGGCGUGCUGCACGAAGCGGCAACUGGAACUGAGCCGUCCCUGCACAUCACGAUAACUGUGCCAACCAGCGAUUUCUGCUGGGGUGUGCAGAUGGUGAAGCAUCUGGCUGCAGACGUCAGGCAGAGCUCCUACUCACCGGAGCUCCGCUCCCUGUGCCAGGCGUCCCUCGUGGAAGGACCGGCCGGGCCCCUGGAGCUCGAUGACGAAAAGCUGGACGCGAAGCUGAAGGAGCAGGGGAAGCCCGGGUCGGGGCUUUCUUUUUGA